AUGGUAAUUGAUGACUAUUCGAUGGGUGAGGCCGACCAACGCUUGGCAUUAGGCACAGGUCACAGUCGUCGUCUUCAUAAUUCUAGUACGAAUGGCAGUAGCAGUCGAAUCAUUGAAGAGCAACAAUUUGUGAAUGGUGUAAUUUAUCAUCAUAAUUUGAAUCUGAAUGAAAGUGGAACUGGGACAGGUCGUAGUCACGAUGCGAUAGGGCUGGUACCAACUGGGCAUUGUAUACGAUGA